CACGGACGACGUCACAAAACCUGCCAUAGCUUAAAGCUUCGAGCUCGGCCAAACAGAUUAUCAGACCCCCCGGAAACCCAGCAGUGUAACCAGGCAAAUGACGACGGUAUUCUACGGCGCACUCUUCACCCCAGUGUCGCUCAGAGAGUACCGCACGCUGUCCCACGCGCUGCUCGCGGUCGCGCGCGACUCGGGCGACAUUGCGUGGGUCGAGGACGACGUGCACCCGAGCGCGCUGAAAGACACGCUCGCGCGCCACGGGCUCACGGAAGACGUCGACCUCAUCGAGCUCAAGCUUGGCGAGUUCCUGAUGCCCGGCUUCAUCGACACGCACAUUCACGCACCGCAGGUGCCGAACAUGGGGAGUGGCCAGGAGUACGAGCUCCUGGACUGGCUCAACCACGUUACCUUUCCUAUGGAGGCGCGCUUCGCGGACGCGGACUUUGCAAAGCGGACGUACACGUCUGCUAUCAAGCGUACGAUUGACUACGGGUCGACGACAUGUUGCUAUUACGGCACGCUGCAUCUAAACGGGACGAAAGCCCUCGCGGACGUGAUACAUACAUACGGGCAGCGAGCAUUCGUCGGGAAGUGCAACAUGGACCGGAAUCCUCCCGGCGACAGCUCCGAGCUCUCUGCGGACGCGAUCACCGCUCCCACCUACGUCGAACCCUCUGCGAACGCGUCCAUCGACGCCACGAACGCGCUCAUCAAGUACAUCCGCGCGCUGCCGCCACCACCCGGAGGCGCAGAGCCGCUCGUGCGCCCGAUCCUCACGCCUCGCUUCGCGCUAUCGUGCUCGCACGAGCUGCUCGGAAAGCUGAGAAAGGUCGCCGUGGAAGAUCCGGGCCUGCACAUCCAGACGCACAUCUCGGAAAAUGCACGCGAGAUCGCGUUAACGCUCGAGCAGUUCCCGCCCGAUUCGCUGCCUGCGCCCCCGACGCCGCUCCCAGUGGUGGAUGAUGUGAACGGCGCGAAGGCAAAGAAUGAGGGCGGGACGUAUGCGGGCGUGUACGAUGCGUUCGGGCUGCUGAGGAAGAACACGGUGCUCGCGCACGCGGUGCACCUCAAUGAGGAAGAGGUGGCGAUCAUCAAGGCAAGGGGGGCAGGCAUCAGCCACUGUCCGACGAGCAACUUCAACUUACGCAGCGGGUGCGCGCCCGUCGGGAUGCUGCUCGACUAUGGUAUCAAAGUGAGUCUCGGGACGGACGUGUCGGGCGGAUUCUCGCCCUCGAUCCUCGUCGCCGUGCAGCACGCCAGCAUGUGCUCCAAGGUCGUUGCGAUGCAGUCGCCCACCCCACCCGACAACACGAGCAUGGGCUCCGAAGUCGUUGCGAUGCAGUCUUCCAGUACACCCCUCAAGUUCGCCAACCAACAGCUGUCAGUCGCGACGUUGUUCUACCUCGCGACGCAGGGCGGCGCGGACGUGUGCGACAUGCGGGACCGCAUCGGCUCGCUCGUGUCCGGGAAGGCGUUUGACGCGCUCGUGGUGAGCGUACGCAACGACGCGGGGAACCCGGCGAUAUGGGGCGUAGACAUGGACCCCGAGCUCGGCGUGCGGGACGGGGAGAAGAGCGAGGCGGUCGACCUGGAUAACCUCCUGGAGCGGUUCCUGUUCUGCGGGGACGACCGGAACAUCCAGCGGGUGUACGUGCAGGGCCGGUUUAUCGGCGGGAAGGAGCACACAGCGAAAAUGAAGGAGAAUUGA